GCCUGGCGGGCGCGCGGCACGAGCUCCGAAGUCGCUGAGGAGCAGGCGAGCCAGUCCCUAGUGCUGACUUCGUUCGAGGUUGGCGCCAGCCCUUUUCAGAGAGCACUUAUUAGUGGGUAUGCUGGCCGGGGCCACUUUUCUGAGGACGAAGGACUCCUAGUCAGUGUGUGAGACAUAGUCUGGCCGAGCCUGGAGCCACCUGAGGCUGAGGCUAUCGUUUGGGAGCAAUGAGUUUAAAACCCUUUACCUACCCAUUUCCAGAGACGAGGUUUCUUCAUGCAGGACCCAAUGUGUAUAAAUUCAAAAUCAGAUAUGGGAACAGUAUCAGGAUUCUAUCCGUGUGGUCUUGGGAAACUUGGACAAUCUUCAGCCCUUUGCUACAGAACACUUCGUUGUAUUUCCCUCACCAUUUUCCAGAUAAAAGCAAAUGGGAGAGAGUUUCCCACCUGAAAUUCAAACAUGGGGAAAUUAUCUUGAUCCCCUACCCAUUUGUUUUGACUCUAUACGUGGAGAUGAAAUGGUUCCAUGAAAACCUGUCACCUGGGAAACCAAUAAGUGACAGUCCUCUUGGGUUGGUCCCAGCUGAGAAGAAAGCAGUAGGAGCUGUGAUGAGGAAACGAAAACACAUGGACGAGCCCAGCUCCCCCAGCAGGCCAGGGCUGGACAGGGCCAAGAUAGGGACUUCCAGCCCAGGCUCCAGCAAAAAGAAGCCCCCUAUGGAAACCAGGAGAACAUCUCUCAAGAUUUUGGGAGAUCACAAAAGGCUACACUGUCUUAUGAGGAGACUCUUCCCUGGUUCAGAGAACAGGGAAAGAAAAACCCAACAAGGAUUGCAGGAGACUCUGGCCUCUGAUAUCACUGGUGUCCAGAAACAAGAUUCUGAGUGGGGGCACAGCCUGCCAGGGCCAGUUGUCCCACCCCUGCAGCACAACUCACCUCCACCUAAGGAGCGAGCAGCCAGCGGCUUCGUUGGGUUUCUAAGCUCUCUCUUCCCGUUUCGAUAUUUCUUCAGGAAGAGCAGCCACUCUUGAGCCUUCCAAAUGCAGCGCUGGAAAGAGGAUCAUCUCUUGCAGUGACUCCUCCCGAAUCAUUCUUCCUCCAACUCUUUCCUUUUCUUAUGACACUUCAGUCAUGAGGAAUGAGGUCCCCAUGCUGAGUCCUCUAUGGUUUUAUCCUGUCCUUUGCCCCUUUAUAAUAUAUAUAUUUUUUCCAAUUUAAAACAUUAAGAAUGGAACUUUCUAAAAUGUUCAUGUCCAGAGGGCCAGUUUAGGCCUUUUGUCUUCAGCACUUAGGAUCCUAAUGACAAUAAAUUAUUUAUGAAGAGUUA